GUGUUUAGCACACUGGUUCUGUGGUGUGUUAAAAAUGGAAUGGAAACUAGACAACCGAUUUGUCACGAGAGGAAAUGACAGCAGCGCAGCACGAGUUUGGAAAUAUCUGUCACUUUAUCUGCGAUCAGAUCCCAGGAGGAUGGCUUCUUUAAAAUGCCCUCUACUUUAUGUGUUGCUUUGUUUUCAAGCUGUUCAAACUGAAGCCUCCUCUUGGACAGCUACAGUCCCUUCCCCAGUUAAAGGUCUACUUGGAUCCUGUGUGGUGAUCCCCUGUACAUUUGACUACCCAGAUCCAGGGAGGACUCUCACUGGAUUGACAGGGAUGUGGACCGAUCAGGCACACCAGCUCAUCAAUCACCCGGUUCAGUCUAAAGUCAUUGAGCAGUAUCGGGGCCGAACAGAGCUGCUGGGAGACGUCAGACAAAAGAACUGUUCUCUGAAGAUUGACCCCAUCCAACAAAGUGAUGAGGGACCUUUUCAUUUCAGGAUUGAAAUGGCCGGCUAUGAAAAAUAUUCUUACACAGCCAACUGUUUCCAUUGCAAUGAUAAGUAA